AUGAAUUCACCACAACUUUCUCCUCAAGUCUCGCCUAAAAUGAGUCCCCAUACUCCUCCUGGUGUACCUACUAACCUUAAUGAGCCUAAACUAUCGUUAACUUAUAUAUGGUCGGGUAAAUUGGUGUAUGAUAGUGUAGCCAGAUUUUCUGGCAAAGCAAGCCUUGUUGCCGCAAAAAAACGGAGUAAAGAAAGAUGUUGGGAAGAUUUUCUUGCAACGGUUAUCAGGAUUAACGGUCACGUGUCACGGGUGGAUGAAGCGGAAACAUAUUUAAUUGAUAGUUGGUGUUCGCCUUCAAAAGAUGUUGCUAUUAUCAAAUUUGAACAUGUUGAUAAUCUUGAUGACAAGCAACAAUUUGAUAUGAUAUUUAAUUACUUGCGCUAUUCUCAAAAGGAUAGAGUGAUGCGUUAUGGACGCGUUGCAAAUGCGUAUAGUAAUGUUAGGGAAAUGUACAUUAUUCCAUUAGAACCAGAUGAUAAAGUACCUGACGUUUUUACCUUUUUAGAUUAUGAUGAGCUACUAAUACCAAAAAAUAAUGAAAAACGUCAAUCAAAAUUAUUAUUGGGUGCUAUUGUCAUUGUUGAAGCUGAAUCUGUGAAAACGAAACGUCCACGUGAAUUGAAUGUGAAUAAUGCAACACGGUCAGUUAAAAAAGAGAAAGUAGAAUCUGCAUAUAAUGGUCAAUUGGGUAGUAAUGUCCAACCAAAUAUCGGAGCUAAUGUUGUAACUAAUAGUCCGGUGGCUCACGUUAUGACACCACAGACGAGUAUGGUUAUAGCCCCGGCGAACUCACCGCCAAACCAGCAAAUUUCUCAAAAUGUGACGGCGGUGACGUCAGCACCAAGCGGAAUUUUUCCCGGGUUACUGCAGUCAUUAUUAGCUGCUCCCAGUCAAAAUACAUCAUCAAAUCAAUUCCAACAACCACAACCUCAAUUUAAUGGACCUCCGCCCAAUGGUCAUCCAGCCGCUUAUGCUAUGCCUACGCAACAACCGCCGCCGCCACAGAUGCAUAUGCCCUCUCAACCGAACCAAUACCCUGCACCUUUUCCAGCCGCAGCGCCGCCACCGAACGGUCAGUUCAUGCCACCACCACCACAUGUCGUACAAGGUCCUCCACAACCAGCGCCACAAGGACAAAUGCCUCCACCGGGGCAGAUGCCACCAGGAUUUCCCCCCCAAUAUGAACAAUUUUAUGCACAUCCACCCCCAAACUAUCCACCUUCACAACAACCUCCCGCAAUACAGCCGCAGCAACAAAUUCCAUAUGGUCCACCAGCACUUGGCCAGAACGUGCCACCUCUGGUUGGUCAGAACGUACCGCCUCCAGUUGGUCAAAACGGGCCACCAUCUGUUGGUCAAAAUGUGCCACCAUAUCAUUAUCCACCAGCACCGACAGAUAACAGACGUCCUGGCGAACAACCUCAAUGGGUACCUCCGCAAGAUAAUCGCCCAUGGGAUAAAACUAACAAUCAGCCACCUAUGUGGGAAAGGAAUUCGGAUAACAGGCCAAUGGAUCUCGAUAAUCGACCAUCAUGGGAUCAUGAAGACCGACGAUCUUAUGAUAUGAGACCGCCAAGAGAUCGAAAUCAUCGACGACCAUCACCUCCUCAUUCGGAUUACCGUGAUUAUCUUGACAGAAGACAAAGAACCCAUCAUCGUAAUCGACAAGAUAGCCCAAGAAGUAGAGGAUCUAGAAAUAGUGGAGGAAAAGGUGAUCGUGAUUGGAACGAGCAAGACCGAGAGUGGGGAAAUCGAGAUAAAGACAGAGAAGAAAGAUUUGAUCGUGGAAGGGAUCAACAUCGUGACAGUGAUCGAAGUAAUCGUGGUGGAAGAGGCGGAGGAAGGUAUCGUCCAAGAGCUUAA